UGUGGGUUAUAUUGGAGGUCGGGUCAAAAUCUAUACCGCGAUUUAUGUGACUAUUUAAAUCAGUCAUAUUGCUGUUUGUGUAAAGUGCAAAAGGAUGGCUCCAGUAAAAUUAUAUGCUGAUCUAAAAUCACAGCCAUGCAGGGCUGUGUAUCUGUUUAUGAAGAUGAACACUAUACCGUUUGAAAUGGUGAAAGUCGACCUCGGCUCAGGUGAACACUUGCAGGAAGAAUUUACCAAAAUAAGCUCAAUACAGAGAGUACCUGUUAUUGAUGAUAAUGGCUUUAUUCUAGGAGAGAGUGGUGCAAUAUUUCGCUAUCUUGCACGGAAGUUUGGUGUAGCUGAACACUGGUAUCCCUCCAAGGACCUAGCGCAGCAAGCUCGUAUAGAUGAGUACCUUAAUUGGCAUCACACGAACAUUAGAGCAACGGCUAUGAUGGCAUUUAGACAUCAGUUUAUCAACACGGUGCGAGGUAGACCUGUGAAGCUGGAUGAAGUUAAGCGAUUCAAGACAGAACUGAAAAAGUCCAUUAACCAUAUAGACAAAUAUUUUCUAAAGGACACACCAUAUAUUGCAGGAAAAGACAUUUCUGUGGCAGACUUGCAGGCCCUUUGUGAGCUGAUGCAACUUGAUAUAGUUGGAGAUGAGAAUGCAUAUAGAUUUAACCCUAAAGUUAGCGCAUGGGCAGAUAGGGUCAAAUCUAAAGUUGAACCUUACUUUGCUGAAUGCCAGAGUGAGGGAAUUUCACCGAUGCAAUCAAUCUAUACUCAAAUAAAAUCUUCAAAACUAUAACGAUAAAUAAGAUUAAAGCUUUGAAAUGUAUAUUGUAUAAUUUGAGAAGGGAUCAAAACGUUUUAUUCAAUGAUACAAAAUGCAUUAGCAUUUUUUGUUGUUGUUAUAAUCAGUAUUACGUAUGCUUCAGCUGACGUGUACAUGUAUAAAAUAUGACAUCAUCAAAAUGCAAACCUGUAUACUGUAUUCGUCUUUAAACACCUAGCUUAAAACCGGUAUGAUUGUAGAUUGUUUCAUAUAAUUUUAUAAUGGUCGGAAUAAGUAAGUUAUCAGAUAUUUGAAAAAAAAACACAAGAAAUUUUGUACAUUUGUACUAACCGUGUAUGAUCCAGAAAUAUACUGAAAGGAGAUAUAUAAGAAAACAUAUUCAAUGCAUUAUAUUACAGUGCAAAGUUUCAACACUGUAAACCCAUAUUUCUAGUCUAUAUAAUGGCGGAAUAAACAUAAUUUCCAAGACGUCAUGAUUUACUCUCACGUUGCCUUAUAAUGUUGGAAUUUAGUGGAAUGCAACCACUUUCGUGCAACGUGUUACGUACGUAACGUCGACAUUUACGUCAUACAAAUUGAAUUCUUGAUCAAUAAAAAUUAUAUAAAUUUA